AUGGCUCCUCCCAAAAUCUUACUCUGCGGCGACGUCUCCGGCAACCUCAAGCAGCUCUUCAAACGAGUCGUCUCGGUCAACAAAUCGGCCGGUCCGUUUGACGCGUUGUUCUGCGUCGGCCAGUUCUUCCCUAACUCGGCGGACCAGCUCGACGAGUUCUCCGGUUACCUCGAAGGCCGCGCCGAGAUUCCUAUCCCGACCUACUUCAUCGGCGACUACGGCGUCGGCAGCGCUAAGUUUCUAUUGGCGGCAAGUAAGGACGCAGCGAACCAAGGCUUCAAGUUGGACGGCUUGAAGGUUUGCAACAAUCUCUACUGGCUCAAAGGCAGUGGCAAAUUCACCUUCCACGGGUUAUCCGUGGUGUAUUUGUCCGGUCUGCAGUCUUCUGUUAGUCAACAGUUUGGGACUUACAGCGAGGACGAUGUCGCUGCGUUGCGAGCAAUUGCUGAGGAUCCCGGGAUCGUUGACUUGUUCCUAACUAACGAAUGGCCAAGUGGGGUUACAAAUAAAGCAGCUACAUCUGAUGUUCCUCCCAGAGCCUCUGAGCCUUCUGGCACUGACUCUAUGGUGGCAGAGUUAGUUGCUGAGAUCAAACCACGCUAUCAUAUUGCAGGCACAAAAGGAGUGUUCUAUGCACGUGAGCCUUACUCCAAUGUCGAUGCUGUGCAUGUCACCCGCUUCAUAGGUCUUGCACCGGUUGGAAACAAAGAUAAGCAGAAAUUUCUUCAUGCGCUUUCUCCAACUCCAGCAUCUACUAUGUCUGCAAUUGAGAUUCAGACAAAAACGUCAAACACUACCGUGUCUCCAUACACGUAUAUCGAGGGAACAGCUAAUGCAAAAGAAGGUGCAAAGAGGUCUAGUGAUAGUGUUUCUGAUUCUGAUUCACAGUACUGGAGGUAUGAUGUCUCCCAAAAAAGGCAGAAACAUGGAGAUGGUAAUAGGCUGUGCUUUAAGUUUGUAUCCUCCGGUUCUUGUCCACGAGGGGAAACUUGCAACUUUCAACAUGACAUGGACGCAAGAGAACAAUCUUUGAGAGGUGUUUGCUUCGAGUUUAUGAACAAAGGAAAGUGUGAAAGGGGUGCUGAUUGCAAAUUUAAGCACAGCUUACAGGAUGAAGGUGAAAGCAAUUCUCACAAGAGACGCACUGGAAAUUCUACCAGGUCGACAGAGUGCUGGUUUUGUUUGUCAAGCUCCAAAAUAGAGUCACAUCUAUUUAUCAGCUUAGGGGAGCAUUACUACUGUGCACUUGCUAAAGGCCCACUUGUUGAAGACCACGUAUUGCUAAUCCCUAUUGGGCAUUCACCCAAUACCCUUUCUCUACCCUCCGAAUGUGAGAUUGAGCUUGGUAAAUUCCAGGAUAGUCUGAAAAAGUUUUAUAAGAAACAAGAAAAGGAAGUUGUUUUCUUUGAGUGGGCUUCGAAACGCUCAACUCAUGCCAAUCUUCAGGUCGUUCCUAUUCCAUCAGCCAAAGCAGCUAGUGUUCAAAAUAUAUUUCAUUUAGCUGCUGACAGACUUGGCUUCAAGUUUAUGACCACAAAAUUCAGUAACAGUUCUGAUGGGAGAAAAUCGUUGAGGACACAGUUCGAUAGAAAUUUUAGUUUCUUCUAUGCUGAACUCCCUGAUGGUACAGUCCUAUCACAUUUAAUUGAGGAGAGCGAGAAAUUCCUAGCCCAAUUUGGACGCGAGGUUAUGGCAGGUUUAUUGAACAAGGCUGACAGGGCUGAUUGGAGGAAUUGUACAGAUAGCAAAGAAGAGGAAACGAAGAUGGUAGCAAAUUUCAAGAGUAGAUUUGCAGAAUUUGAUCCAAAUAGCUAACUAACUUAUCUCCGUUCAGAAAGUAAACGGAGAACCUUGAACUAGCGACCCUAAUGUCAUUUCAACUGUCCCUUGUGAUUUCACUGUCUACUGGUGAGGUUCACCAACCUCCUCAGUAUUCAUAUUCGAGUCAAUUUUGAGAACCAAAGCAAAGGUUGCUUAAACUAUGUCAUUGUUGUUGUUGUGUCACUUUUAACAGCGCCGAGGGUAA